UUUGUUAUCUGUAUUCUGCAGAUCGUUUGUUUUCUGGAUUCUUUGUGAAAUGGAAUCCUGUUAAAUCUACUUUAAUCUUAAAUUUGAGUUGAUAUAAUUUUGUGAAAAAUGUCCAUGUUUCCAGGGACUGUGGCCUUUGACGAAUUUGGUCGUCCAUUUAUCAUAUUAAGGGAUCAAGAAAACCAAAAACGGCUAACCGGUAUCGAUGCCUUAAAGUCGCAUAUUCAAGCUGCUCGGCAGAUUGCCAGCAUUCUACGCACAUCCCUCGGUCCACGAGGUUUGGAUAAAAUGAUGGUGUCAUCUGAUGGUGAAGUUACAGUCACCAACGAUGGUGCGACAAUCCUUAAAUUGAUGGAUGUGGAACACCAGAUUGGAAAACUGAUGGUACAACUUGCACAAAGUCAAGAUGAUGAGAUUGGAGACGGUACAACUGGUGUUGUUGUAUUGGCUGGUGCACUUCUGGAACAAGCAUCUAACUUGAUCGACAAGGGUAUCCACCCUAUCCGUAUAGCAGAUGGCUUUGAAAUGGCAGCGGCUGCAGCUCUAACUCACUUGGAUGGCAUCAGUGAGGCUUUCCCGGUUAACAAGAACACAAGGGAAAAUCUUAUUAAGGUUGCCAUGACCACUCUAGGAAGCAAAGUUGUUGUAAAGUGUCACAGACUGAUGGCUGAAAUUGCUGUCGAUGCAAUUCUCUCAGUAGCAGAUCUUGAAAAGCGAGAUGUCAACUUUGAACUGAUCAAAGUGGAAGGCAAAGUCGGUGGACGUAUGGAGGAUUCUAUGCUGGUUCGAGGAGUAGUAAUUGAUAAAACAAUGAGCCACCCACAGAUGCCUAAAGUUUUAAAGGAUGUAAAAUUAGCUAUCCUCACAUGCGCGUUCGAGCCCCCAAAACCCAAGACCAAGCAUAAGCUCCACGUUGGCUCCGCCGAGGAGUACAGGGAUCUGCGCAAGUAUGAGCAUGAAAAGUUCUUGGAGAUGGUGAAGAGAGUCAAGGAUGCUGGGGCGAAUCUUGCCAUUUGCCAAUGGGGUUUCGACGAUGAAGCUAACCAUCUUCUGCUGGCAGAACAGCUCCCAGCCGUACGUUGGGUCGGAGGGCCUGAAAUGGAACUGAUUGCUAUUGCUACUGGUGGAAGAAUCGUACCCCGGUUUGAAGAGCUUACUCCAGACAAGCUUGGAUCUUGUGGACUUGUAAGAGAGCUUACAUUCGGUACAUCUAAAGAUGAGAUGCUGGUGAUCGAGCAGUGCUCCAACUCUCGUGCCGUGACGGUGCUGGUGCGCGGCGGGAACCGCAUGAUCGUGGAGGAGGCCAAGCGCUCCGUGCACGACGCGCUCUGCAUCGUGCGCAGUCUUGUGCAGGACUCAAGAGUUGUGUAUGGAGGUGGAGCGGCUGAGGUGUCGUGUUCUCUCGCUGUAGCCAGAGCCGCCGAUAAGCUGUCUUCUCUCGACCAGUAUUCGUACAGAGCCUUUGCUGAUGCAUUGGAGGCUGUUCCUCUUGCACUGGCUGAGAAUAGUGGUCUAUCACCAAUCGACACUCUGUCUGAAGUUAAAGCAAGGCAAGCAGCUGAAAACAACAGCAAUCUUGGUGUUGACUGCAUGGGACAUGGAUCAAAUGACAUGAAGGCAAUGAACGUUAUUGAGUCGCUUCAUUCAAAGAAACAACAAAUAGCUCUCGCAACACAACUUGUUAAGAUGAUUCUCAAGAUUGAUGAUGUACGUUCACCGGCUGAUGGUAUUCAGUGAUGAGCUUACAACUAAAUGUAGCUUUAUUCUAAUUAAACAAUAAUAUAACAUUUGUAAAAGAGAAGUGUCUUAAGGUUUGCAUUUUACCAGCUAACAGAGAUCCAAGUUGCAACGUGCAUGCAAUCUUAAAAUAUAUCUACUUAUAAACUGCUUCAAUUGGUUGUAUAAAGAUUUUUGUUAAAACGGCAUAUAUGUAAACUUAGAUAUGAUUAAAUAUAUAUUUAUGGUUAAUUAUAUAUUCGAUAUUCGAGAUCGUUUGUCCGUAAAUAUAUAUUGUAAUAAUAUUUUUUACAAAUGUAGUAUUAUACAUUUAAGUAGAAUAUGUGCAUACAAGUUGGGUUAAAAUAUCUAGCUUAUAAGGUACUAUGUACUGUACUAGUUAAUGUUUUAAUUUAAUGUUUAUUUUAAUAUGUUCGGUAUUAAUAAGCUUUGAUCACAAAAUAUCUUAUUUUCCGCAGGAAUAACUGCUAAUAAAUGAAAACAUUAAUUUGAAAUUUGUUUUAAGUUUUUAUUAAACAGUAUUUUUUAAAGCCACUGACAACAUUGAUAAGAUUGUUACAUUUUCUAUGUAUCACUUAUAUAAACAAGCUUAUAAUAAAUCUUCUCUUGCUAGUAUUUGUCAGUCAAAAGUUCAUCAAAUUAUUAAGCCGAAAUUUUGCACAUGCUGGUAACAAUACAAUAUAGCAUACAUUUUAUUUGUUCUACAAUAUGGAUCGAAUAAAGUUUUGAUUUAAUAUCUAA